AUGCCCCAUCACCCAUUCAGCGCAGAGGAUGCGCCUUACAUACAGUCAUACUCCCCGACUGCGCUUGAUAGCGACUAUCACACGUUCGAACUGCUGCGUCGACUCAACACGAACAGCAACUCACCCACCUUCCACGAAUAUGGUCGGAGACCACCGACGAAUGUGCUCGACCUUGGCUGCGGCGAGGGCCAUUGGGUCUUGUUUGCCGCGCGAGCGUGGAAGUCUGCAGGUACACAUGUGACAGGUCUCGACCUCAUCGACUUGUACAACAACGACCACGGACGUGUCUCGCGAGAUCGUGAGGCAGAGGUGCCACCAAGAAACGUCACUUUCGUGCGUAGCAACUUCCUCAAGUAUCGCCUGCCCUUCCACAAUAAUAGCUUCGACCUGGUGAGGAUGGCCAACCUCGCCCUGGUUGUACCCUAUUGGACCUGGGAUUUCGUCCUUUCAGAAAUCACUCGUGUCCUCUGUCCCGGUGGGCGCCUUGAACUCGUUGACGACCAGUUGUUCUUCCCGCGGAUUCCUUCCAUUGAGGAACUUCGAGGCUACCAGAUUCCCAGUCCGAUUGACCCAGACCUCUCGCCGAAUCUCUGGCAGGAUUUAAUCAAUGCUCGUCAUGACGCUCAGGCCGUGAGGAAGAUAUGGGAAACUCAGCCGUCCAGCGCACCGAACACGACCAACAGACCCCACUCGCCGGGAAAAGGCCACAAGCGGUCUCAAUCUGAGGCCGACUACGAAGCGAGUGCGCGGGUGGCGGGUCAGCUCGAGGAUACAUUCAUGUGCAUGCUCGUGCGCAAGUACCAGUAUGGGACGCGGACAUACGAGUACAUCAUUCUUGCGCUGGAGCACUACUUCAGCCAGGCGAAAAUGGCUCACGAGUUUCGUCUGGGAGUCCCUUCACGCGAAUUCGUAGAACGGAGCGAAGCGCGGGAAAGCGCGAAGCGGCCGACUAGGCGACCUAGGUAUAGCGAAGGUGAUAUACCCAUCCCGACAAGCUCGCCGAGGAUCAGGUCUUUCGACUCCACUGCUACGUCGAAGGCGCUGAGAGUGCUUGUCGGAGACGCUGAGUCUUCAAGGCCGCCUAAGCCUCCCCAACCGUAUCAACCUCCGGGCCUCAUCCUGCUUCCCACUUCUCUGAACAAGCUCCUGCCGUUCUCCCCUGCGGAGCUGGAGAUGCAUGCAUGCAAGAAUAUGCAUACGCUACUGUCGUGCAAGAACGCGUUGACAAAACAUAUCAAGGAGCAGACCGAUAAGGAUGGGGAACCGUUAUUCUCGGAAGACGAAGUCAAUGACUACUUGUUCGAUUAUGAUCAAUUCAGACGAAAGCGCUUCAACUGGCCCAUGGAUUAUCCUGGCCUGCGGAUGGACGAAGACCCCGUUGAGAGUUCGCCUAGGACUCCUCUUUUGCGGCUCGGCUCAACCUCCUCCUCUUUCCAAGGCCGAGAUCGCUCGUCAUCGAACCCCCUCAGUCCCCGCAAAUUGAAGACCAAGACAGAGCGGGCGAUAGAAGUCCGCGUCGUUCGCGUCUACCAUGCGAUCAAGGCCGCCGAUGGUUCGUCUACGAUGUCUCUUGUUUAG